AUGGCCUCACACAAGCCGUCCACGUACGUCCCUCACUCCCCGUCCCCCGCCUCCGCCUCGCACUCACCCCCGCACAGCUCCCUCUACGCACGCCGCAAGCUCUUCGCCAUCAAGCACGACGAGGCACAACCCCUCACCCGCCGCGACAUCCAGUACGACCUUCUCCACGCCAUCUUCUCAAACCCUCUCCGCGCCUUCACCGACCCCCACGCACCCGCACCCGCUCCCUCCCUCGCCGCACCCGCCCCCCAGAAGGUCUCCUUCCGCGACCUCUAUGUCCGUGCCCUCCUCCAGUCCCCACGCUGCUCCCGCGCCCUCCGCGAGAAGAUGCAGGACUCCCCAGAGUUCGCCACAGACUUUGCAAAGAUCGCCCUGCUCGCAAACGUCGGCCGCGUCAACACAACCAUGACAUUCCUUCCAGAGAUGCGCACCUCCCUCCGCACCUACCACCCCGUCCCCUCCCUCCAAAAGACAGACGGGAACCUCCAGGACGCCCCGCGCAUAAAGAACCUCCUCAAGGCCUGCCAGCUCCCACACGAGACCGACAACGUCCCCGGCUCCCCGUCCGAGCUCCGCGUCCUCGCAGGCAGAGGCAUCGUGCCCACCUCCAACGUCGUCAACGUCCUCUUCUGCCUCUCGAACAACUUCACCAACGUCGCACACGAGCACUUUGGCCGCCUCGACAUCGACUUUCUCGACCUCUUCCUCCCCAUCCACGUCUCCUCCGCCUCCCGCGCCCGCGCCUUCCUCUGGCUCGUCCACCACUACCACGAAGGCUCCGGCCUCGCCCGCUCCUCCACCGCGCCCUCCACCGCCUCGACCGCCUCGACCGCCUCGACCCCCGCGCCCACCUCCCCCUCGGGCGACGCCACCUCGGGCACCCCGAACCCCUUCGCCGACGCCCAUGCCCGCGCGCACCCGGGCAUGGUCCCCGCCCUCGUCGAUCUCCCGCUGCCCGAGUUCGAGGCGGAGAACGUGGACCCCGAGGACGAGAUCACGCAGGGCGCGCGCAUGUCCCGCUACCGCCUCGACUUUCUCGCCAACCCGAACGCGGGCGCCGGCGCCGGCGCGGGGCGCGGCGGGAGCGUCGCGGGGAGCGCCAAGGGCGCCGGCGAGGGCGGCGAAGAGAAGAAGAGCGCCAAGGGCCGCGUGCGGGACCGCGCGAAGGAGAAGGAGAGGGCACAGGAGAGGGCACGGGCAAAGGAGGCGGAGGCGGAGGUGGGGGCGGAGGCGGCGGACGUCGAGAUGGACGUCGGCGUCGACGUCGACAGCCCGGGCAUGCAGGACUCGCCCGCGUCGGCACCCCCGAAGGGCAAGAAGCGCGCCCACAGCGCCAUCGAGCCCGCCGACGGCGACGACCACGACUCGAUCGCCGUCACCGCCCCCGACAACGACGACUCGGCCUCGUCCAGUGCGUGCCGCCUCUCUUCCUCUCUACCCCAUCCCGCACACUCUGACGGACCGACCGGCUGCCGUCCACCAGCGACGCGCGAGCCGCCAGCACAGAGGCGCCAGCUUUCCCAAGACAUCAUCCAGGACCGCGCGUCCCCGGCCAUUCUCCCGCCCGCCCCGCCCCCGUUCCCCGCACCCGCAUCCGCACCCGCACCCGCGCCCACACCGCCCGCGCCGCCUCCGGCACCAGCAUCGGCCCCGGUCCCCAAACCGCGUGCCCCGCGCCGCCGCGCACCACGCACGCGCGCCCCCCGCUUGUCUGCCGCCGCUCGCGCCGCCGCAGCCGCCGCCAACGUCGCCGCGAGCGCUAGUGCCAGCACCAGCGCCAACGGUAACGGUAACGCCACCGCUGCAGCCAGCGCGCGUGCGCCCGCACGUUCGCGCGCGCGCGGACCCGCUCUGAGUCGCGUCCCCGCGGCGACGCCGCGCGUGCUCUCCCCGCUGCCGCCGACGACGACGAUGACGCGCGGAGUCGCGAUGCACGUGUGUCCGCAGCGGACGAUGCUCCAGCACGCGUGGCACGUGAUCAGUACCGUCGACCCGCUCGCGGACUCGGACGAGGAGGGCGUGGACGAGGGGUCGCGUCUCGAGUACUCCACCCGCCUCGAGGUCGUCCAGGGCAUCCGCGCGCACGCGCACAUGCUCGCCGUCGCGCGCCGCCAGCAGGCACCGCACUACCCCGCGCCCGACGCCGCCCUCGCCCUCGCCCUCGCGUCCGCGUCCACGCCGGGCCCCGCGUCGGCCCCGGGGCUCGUCGCGCUCCUGCCCCCCCUCGACAACGACCCGCGCACGGGCCCGCACCCGCGUUUAUCUCUUCAGCUCGUUCGUUCGUCGCACGUUCUCUCGCUCUCACCUUCCUCUAGCCGUCGCAUCCGCGCCUCGAACUCUUGCCUCCUAGGAUGUGGAUAUGGAUAUGGAUAUGGAUAUGGAUAUGGCCCCCCGACUGUGGACAGUCACAGCACAGCACAGCACGGCACGGCACAGCUCGCGUCUCGCACGCCGCCACAAUCGCACCGCCCUCCAUCUUCCCAUCCCCCUUCUCGUCGCCCGCAGCCCCCCUCUCCCAGCUCCCCCACCCGCGAGCGCUCCCUCGUCCACUCGGAGCCCGCCCCGCGCCUGUACACCACCACCCCCUACCCCUCUCCUCCCCUUUCCUCCCUUUUCCACCCCCCUACCCAGUCUCACAUACAUGCAUACAUAAACACAUAA